AUUGCUUAAACCCGUUCGAUGAAUUCAAAAUUUAUAAUAGUAAAUGAAUUUCUCUAUUCCAAAUGCAAAUAAUUUGAUUUCAUGAAAAGUUAGUUCGCAGCAAACGGUAAUGUAAACGAGUAGAGAAGGAAGUUGAACUGAGAAGAAGUUUUUUUUGAUAAUGGUGAUUUUAUUGAAGAAAGAAGAAAUAGAAAAGUACCAAGUACAAAGGGGGAAAAAAAACAGCUCCCGAAACAAAGACAAGGACCUUGUCAAAAAAAAAAAACAAAACAAAGACAAGGAGAAAAAGGGGUUCAGGAGAAGUUUAUCCGCUCUAGUCUCUAAUCUACAACCGUCCGGAAGCCUAAAAGGAAAAAAGAAGAGCGAAUAGACGAGGUCCAACAAAUGGAGCUAGCUUCGAAUCUCUCUGCUGCUGAUAGGUUCACGGUCACGACGCCGUCGAGUCUCAACGUAACCCGCCAUUUCUGCGCGAGGAACUUGUGCAGACCCAGUCAAUUUCGAUACAGAGCUACAAGCGGUUCCAGCACUGAGAAGAGAAGUAGUAGUCCGCCCCUUGUCUUGUCGAGGAAACAUGAGCUUUUGAUCAACGAACUUCAACUCGACCAGGGCGAAGCCGACUACGAAGAAGGUUUGCUGUCGCUCAGUGUGAAGCCUAACAGAAGCAUGGCUUUGCUCGACGACUACGAGAUGGAAGAACUCGACUACUCUGCUGACCCUAACCAUCGAAGCGGAUAUGUUGCUGUGGUUGGUAAACCGAAUGUUGGAAAGAGCACAUUGUCAAACCAAAUGGUAGGACAGAAGUUGUCCAUAGUUACGGAUAAGCCUCAGACUACCAGGCAUCGAAUUCUUGGUAUAUGUUCUGGCCCAGACUAUCAGAUGGUACUCUACGACACACCCGGUGUCAUCGAGAAGAAAAUGCACAAGCUAGAUACCAUGAUGAUGAAGAAUGUCAGGAGUGCAGCAGUUAAUGCUGACUGUGUACUAGUAAUCGUUGAUGCAACCAAAAUGCCCGAAAAGAUUGAUGAGGUGUUCGAAGCCGAAGGUGCUGGUAGCCUCAAGGACAAUGUGCCUAUCUUGCUGGUGCUAAACAAAAAAGACCUCAUCAAACCUGGUGAAGUUGCAAAGAAGCUUCAGUGGUAUGAGAAAUUUACCAAUGUCGAUGAGGUUAUUCCUGUCAGUGCAAAAUAUGGUCAUGGAGUAGAAGAUGUCAAGGAAUGGAUACUAUCCAAACUUCCGUCGGGGCCUGCUUACUAUCCGAAGGACAUCAUCAGCGAGCACCCAGAACGAUUCUUUAUUGCAGAAAUAGUAAGGGAAAAGAUCUUUAUGCAAUUCCGCAAUGAAGUUCCUUAUGCAAGUCAGGUAAAUGUAGUGAGCUAUAAAGCUAGGCCAGGAGCAAAAGAUUUUAUACAGGUGGAGAUCAUUGUUGAGAAGAACUCCCAGAAGAUCAUAAUGCUUGGCAAGGAUGGGAAGGCCAUGAAAUUACUAGCUACAGCAGCUAGACUUGACAUUGAAGAUUUCUUGCAGAAGAAAGUCUACCUUGAGAUGGAGGUGAAAGUAAAAGAGAAUUGGCGGCAAGAUGAGGGGUUACUGAAGCAUUACGGGUAUGGCGGACAAAUUCGAGCAUUGUGAAUUGUGAUAAGCCACUGUCCCCGCCAUUAUGUAGGUUCUUCAUUCUCUCGGAUAAGUGAAAGAUGUAACAUGAUUAUCAACGUCGAGAGGGGAACAGUUUUGACUUGUAUGUUUAGCCCCCUUCGCAAGUUCGCAAGUCCAGUCGUGUAUAUUUUCAAGGGGCACAAUCUUGUGACUUGUGAGCAUACUAGGCCAUGUAAUUGGGCCGAGGCUGGUAAACUCAGCCAAGCAUGAGAGCCCAUCAAGGAAUUGUUUUCUGGUUCAGUGACAUUGUCGACUGUUGCCUUAAUAUAAUAAAUUUUAGGGUUAAUUGCACUAAGAUUAGAAAAAACA